CAGAAUUUCCAUCGUAGAAGAGUGACCGUUCCUUCCGUAUUCUGAUGUCGAUUGACGUCGUUAUGGACGUUGGAGGCUUCGAGAAAAGACACAACUUUCGUCGGGAUGAUCGCCCAAGUGACGUAGACUAGCAAAAUGAAGUGGUUCCUAAGCGUCUGCCUCCUAACCGUCCUAUCGGUAGCGCACGCGAACCAAUCGCUGCGAGAUCUUUCGGUGACUUUAUCUGGACGAAGCCUCGAAUGGCCCUGUCAAAGCACGAAGAACAUCUACGAGACCAGCGGUCGCUACAUCACCAAGAACGUGAUCGCAACGAGGAUGCAGGUGUACAAGGACCAAGCGAUCCUCGCGAUGCCUCGCUACAAACCUGGUGUACCGUUCACUCUGGGCGUAGUUUCGUUGAAAUCGACCGACUGUAGCCCAAAAGUCGCUCCGUUCCCUUGCUGGGCGAUCCAGGAGGAAGGAAACUGCCAGGCGCUACAAAGCGUCGUCGACAUUGUCCUGGACAUGCAAGACGUCCUAUGGGUCCUGGAUGUUGGUAUCGUCAACACUCUGGAGCAACCUGUACGUAGGUGUCCUCCUAAGGUGGUUGGAAUCGACGUGAAGAGCGGAAAGGUUGUGAAAGUGAUCGACCUGAGCACGCUGACGGACGUUUCCUCCCGUUUGCAAUACUUGGCCGUCGACUACGCUGAGGACGGCCAGGUGUACGUCUACGUUUCCGACGCUGCCACCAGAGCGAUUAUCGUUUACAACGUGACCGCUGACAGGGGCUAUCGCGUGGUUCUACCGCGAGCAGUCGUCAAAUCCGCGGAGAAGAAGGACGCCCUGUAUCUAUCGCUGAUCAGGAAAAGUUGCGGCACCCAGGUGCUUUAUUUCAGCUAUCUGGGCUCGAGCAGAAUCUUCGCGAUCAAGGCCACCAACCUUCGAGCUGGGAACCCUAACGGAUCCGUGGUGGAAGUUGGCUUGAAGAAAAACAAGAUCGUGAUCUUGGGCACGGAUAAUGGGUCCGCCAUUUUCUUCAGAAUGAAGGGUGACUCUGACGUUUACAUGUGGAACACGGAAACCCCCUUCGUACGGGACAACUUCCUAUUGGUUCAGAAGGGCAGCGAGUACAGACUGCCGACACAAGUCGUUCCUGGCUACAAGAGACUCAUGUGGGUGAUCGAGAGCAACUUCCACGAUUACAUCAGCAACGCCGUCAGCUGUUCCGGCGCGUCAGUCUCCCUGCAUCCUCUGAUGAACUCCUGCGACGAUCAGUACUGAAUGAUCCAAAGAAAUCACUCGAAGCAAGUUUGAGUUGGAUAUUUUUUAGGGAAAUUUUUCUGAACC